UGAGCGCAACUAUGAGAGAUCUGGCAACGCCAUCUGUCAUUUUUUACCACUCCUCCAUACAUACUGAAGUGACGUAGCAGAAGAGGAUAGGAAACUCAGUCCACUUUCCCAUUUGGCGUUCAACUUGGUUGGGUUCCGUAACUCAUAAUUCUCAACUAGAAAAUGUCGGGAGGUUCAGACAGAUUGUCUCUGAAGGAGGAUGAUGUUACCAAGAUGUUGGCUGCUACCACUCACAUUGGUAGCACCAAUGUUGAUUUCCAAAUGGAACAAUAUGUCUACAAACGUCGCUCUGAUGGUGUUCACAUCAUCAACUUGCGCAGGACUUAUGAGAAACUGUUGUUGGCUGCAAGGGCUAUUGUAGCCAUUGAUAACACAGCUGAUGUUUUCGUCAUCUCUUCUCGUCCUCAGGGCCAGCGUGCUGCCCUCAAGUUUGCCUCUUACACCAAGGCAACUCCCAUCGCCGGUCGUUUCACUCCCGGUGCCUUCACUAACCAGAUCCAGGCCGCUUUCCGCGAGCCCCGUCUUUUGGUGAUCAUGGAUCCCCGCGCUGACCACCAGCCCAUCAUUGAGGCCUCGUACGUCAACAUCCCCGUAAUCGCUUUGUGCAACACUGACUCGCCCCUGCGCUACGUCGAUAUUGCCAUCCCUUGCAACAACAAGGCAUCUCACUCGAUUGGUUUGAUGUUCUACAUGCUGGCUCGUGAAGUUAAGCGCCUUCGUGGUGAAAUCUCUCGUGAUCUCGAGUGGUCCAUCAUGGCUGACAUGUUCUUCUACCGCGAUCCUGAGGAUAUCGAGAAGGAGGAACAGGCCAAGGAGGCUGCCGCUAUUGCAGCCGCACCUAUCAAGGCUGCACCCGAGGAAUAUCAAGCUGACAAUUGGAAUACUGAGCCAGCUGUCGAGAGUACCAACUGGGCGGAUGAGGCUCCCGCUCCUGUUGCAGCUCCUACCGUUUAUGCUGCUGCCGCUGAAGACUGGGCAAGCGCUCCUACUGACGAUUGGGGUGCUCCAGUUGCUGCAGCAUCUGCUACUGGCGAAUGGGGUGGCGCUACUACCAACUGGGCUUAAGUACCUUGUGUAGCAUCUUGUGUAUUCCAAUUGUUAACAAUACAAUCAUGGAAUUCUAAA